AUGGCUCACCUUUCCCAGCCCGCAUACACCUCAACCCACGAUGUCUACGAUGCGCUUCCGAGCGGCAAAGACCCGCGCCCCAGCGCUGUAGAUACUUACUUCAAAACACACCUCCAUUCAGCAGAUUAUCACAAUGCCUUGGAAACAAUUCACCGCGAUUCUCUUACCGCCGGCCUACCCGACAUAGCUUGCUCCGCGCCGCAAGCCAAAUUCCUCAUGUUGCAGGCCCGCAUGUGCAACGCAAAGCGAAUUCUCGAAGUGGGCACAUUGGGUGGGUAUAGCGCCGCAUGGUUUGCCAUGACUAGUCCGCAGACGAAAGUGACUACCAUUGAACUUGAUCCUCACUAUGCUGCCGUCGCGCGCCAGAAUCUGGAGAAAGCAGGGCUUAGCGAGAGGGUUGAGAUUCUGCAGGGGGUGGGGACUACUGUGCUGCAGGGUAUCAGAGAAGAGGUGGACCGGGGAGAACGGGAGAAAUUUGACUUUGCGUUUAUUGAUGCGAAUAAGCAGGACAAUUUGGCUUAUUUUAAAGUUGCGAUGGAUAUUACCAGAGAGAGAGCGGUGAUUAUUGUUGAUAAUGUGGUGAGAGAUGGAAAGGUCGCGUCUGCUGAGGAGGCAAAGAAGGAUGAUCGGGUUAAGGGUACGAGGGAGUUGAUUGAGGGGAUGGAGGAAUUGGACGUUGAGGCGACGGCAAUCCAGACUGUGGGAGAAAAGAACUAUGAUGGGUUUUUGAUUGCACUGAAGAAUUGA